UUUCCAACUGCUGCUCUUGCUACCUGCUGUGUGUCAUGCCCUGCGUAUUAUAAAUGUUCCUCUUGAUCGAUGUUAUUUUCGUAGACAACUUUUAAAUAAACUGUUGGCCAUUGAAAUAUUUUGCAAAAACUUCUAGAAACAUAUUGAGCCUCCAAAUAGUGGCAUAAGCUUGAGCAGCAUUGCCAUGCACACGAGACUCACAAUUUGCAGAGAUAAUUGCCUUCAAAAGGUCACUGUGAGCUACGAGUGAAACGAUGGGUACGACACCGAGUCGAUACGAAGACCUCUCCAAAAACAAAUUCCUUAUUAAAUUUUCUGGAAAAGAAUCCAUUUCCCCAAGUGAUCAAUUCUGGAAUAGGUUUUUAUCAUACAACAUCCGUCCCCCAGUGACUAGAAAUGAUCAAAUUGAACUCGAUUCAAGAUUGGACACAACGUGUCAGCAGUUACUUGCCAAUAACCCGAACACAGGAAACUUUGGCACUCUCAUACAAGUAUUUUUACAACGAACUACGGAGUUGCUUGCUGCCCCUCAAGACCAAAACAUAAUGUUUGCUUGGCAAACGUACAAUGCACUCUUUGCGAUACGAUGUGUAUUAAAAUAUUUAUUGGAAACUGUUGGAGAGGAAGAAAUGAUUCAGCAUGUCGAAUCUAUGCCACAGCGGACUAAUGCACCUGAGAGCUCUGUUUCUAGGCUUGAAUCAUUCUUCGAGGCCUUGGUAGAAAUUGUCAUCGAUGUGCCCUUAUCGGAAUUCACGUACGUCGUACACCUAGAAGCAGUAAACUGCUUGCUAGUAUUACUAUCUGUUCAGUUAUUUUCCCAAACCCCAGCUGAGUACAGUAGUGUAUACAAAAUAGCUAUGCACGAAGAUCAAAGCGCGCAUGCUUCAAUAAUGGUCUACACUCUUUUGCAUAAUUUUGUUCGACAAGAACAUGCACCUCCAGGUUUACUAACACAGGAAAAUGGAGGAGGAUUAGUCCUAAGUAUUGCAGGUGUAGUAAGAAAACACAUUUUAGCUGGCUUAUGGAAUGUCAUCACAAUGGGUAUGGCCAAAAAUUCAAAAAACGUACAAGUUUCGAAUGGUGGUAUGGCAGAGGAUGAGGAACGACAACGUGAUACAGAAACUCCACUUGCUAGUCAAUCGCUUUUGUUACUCUUGGUUCUUACGAACCACUGUACAGCCAUUCAUAAUCCAUACAGAGAUGCGUUGUACAGUUUCACAGACUCUCAAGUAGAUGACUGUACUGUGACACCGGUGAAGUCAGCAAUGACCUUUAAAUUUAAUCUAGAUGAGUUGUAUACUACUAUUUGCAAAAUUCCGAAUACGGAUGAAACAACAUUGCUGCUUUACAUGUUGUUGCAUAGAAACCCAGCAGUCAAAGCAUACAUUAUGAAAAGGACAGACAUACAGUUACUAGUGAUACCUAUACUACAAAUACUGUAUCACGCCCCUGAUAAUACAUCUCAUCACAUAUACAUGUCCUUAAUAAUUUUACUAAUACUCAGUGAAGAUGAUACAUUUAACAAAAACGUACAUGAAAUUAUGUUGAGAGGUGUGACCUGGUAUACGGAGCGAUCUAUCAGUGAAAUUUCACUAGGAGGAUUGUUGGUUCUAGUAGUCAUUCGAACCAUACAAUACAAUAUGCUGAAAAUGAGAGACAAAUAUCUCCAUACUAAUUGUUUGGCGGCUUUGGCGAACAUGUCAGCUCAGUUCAGGUCCUUGCAUCCAUAUGUUAGUCAGAGGUUGUUGAGCUUGUUCGAAACACUGGCAAAAAAGUAUGCAAGACUGGAAUCAAAUAUACAUAUGCAAUCGGGAAAUACCGAUAGCGCUGUUGUGAAUGUCAAUGGAAAUGUAGUCAGUUCAGACAUGAUUCAAGACUUGACAGUUCUUGAAGAAGUACUGAGAAUGGUGUUAGAGAUUAUAAACAGUUGUUUAACAUACCAGCUUUCUCACAAUCCUAAUCUCGUCUACACUCUUCUUUACAAAAAGGAUGUAUUUCAACCUUUCCGAAUGCAUUCGGCCUUCCAAGAUAUCGUUCAAAAUAUAGACUCUGUGAUCAACUUUUUCUCUUACAAAUUAGAGCAGAGAGAUCAGUCGCACAUUGGUGUCAGUCAGGUGUUAGCAACCAUAGAACAAGGGGCUACUCAAUGGCCAAAAGACCGAAUGAGGAAAUUUCCGGAAUUGAAGUUUAAGUACGUGGAAGAGGAACAGCCAGAAGAAUUUUUCAUUCCAUACGUGUGGAGCGUCGUUUGCCAAGGAGCGUUAUUGCAUUGGACUGCCGAAAGUAUUAAAUUAUUUUCAUCCAACAGCAGCGAACAGACGACAAUCGUAGUUUGCUGAUCCUUACAGAUGGUUAUUUUAUGUGCUACUGCUGUUGUGAGAGAUCAUGAGCGCUAAGAGUACAAUACGGAAAUGUGUAUUGGAUACCAAUUACGUCGGAAUACUACAAAGACAUAUACUUUCUAGGGUCAGUAGCUAGUAAUAUGUAUACUUGAAAACUUAUCCGCUUGAAGGUUUUAUAUUUGAACAUUGAAGACGAUCAAGUGCUUGUAUUGAAAUAUAUCUAUCGAUAUUGACAAGUAUAUUCGUAGGAAUAAUUUUAUUGAGAUGUGUCUAGAAAUCGUUUUAAAACCACUAUAAUAUCUCUCGGAAUCCAGCACUUUUUUGUUACAUAUUUCAUAUUAAUAUCUGUUCUAUUUUUUCAAAGCCUUCAUUUUCUAAUUUACUAUUUCCCAUUACACUUUACUUUAUCUCGGAUGAAGGCAUUCGUCACAGUUCGGACUUAUACUUUGAACAAAGUGCAAAUUUAUCAAGUAGGGCUGACCAAUGACUCACAUGACAUUUGACCUAUCAUCUUAAUUUGUACUAGCGUGGCCAUAUUCUGAGGUGUUAAAAUGUAAAUUAGAGUCAUACGAAAUCUGUUCCAGGACAAAACAAACAUCCGAUGUAAAAUUAAAUUCUUUGUUGAAGUACAGCGAUAAGUGAAUAUGAAACACAUCAUUAUGUGAUAAGUGAAAAGGUAGAUGGUGAUCAAGGAUGUGAUUUUUCUCUAUUCCUAGAGAUACUACCUACUGGAAUUGUUAUUUUCUGUCUUCGACUUCUUUAAUUUUGAUUAGUAUCACAUAAUUGAAUC